ACCAAAACAUUGGGGUUUGCAGUGGAACGAAAAUUCUCGAAUUCUGUAGCAUUUUCCGUGAGUUAUCAACAAAUUCCGUUUGUUAGUUUCCAAAAGGUCAACUUCAUUGGAAAAUGGAAGGGAAUGAUCGACAGUUGAUUGUCAAAAAUCUUCUUCAUGUUGGAAACAAAAAAGUGGAUUUUGUUCCUGGAUCUAAGGUUUUUUUUCAUUUUCGAACAAUGAAACUGGAUGGCACUGUCAUUGAUGACAGUAAAAAGAUGGGAAGACCCAUGGAAUUAGUUCUUGGGAAGAAAUUUAAACUGGAGGUGUGGGAGGCCAUCGUCCAGAAAAUGGCACUCAACGAAGUCAGUAAAUUCACGGUCGAUAAAAGCCUAGUGUCAUCAUACCCAUUUGUCUCCAAAACGCUCAGGGAAGUGGGAAAAUCCCAGAGUCAAAAGAUUAACACACAUUGCUGUGGGGUAACUCUGCAAAAUGAAGGAAUCGGAUAUCCUGAUCUUAACGAAUUGAUAAAAAAUUCAGAGGAUUUGGAAUUCAUACUAGAAUUGGUUGAAGUUGUUCCACCAACUGAAUACGAGCAAGAGUCGUGGCAAAUGACUGAAGAUGAGAAAUUGAAAAAUGUGCCUUUGCUUAAAGAAAAGGGAAACGAAAAAUUUAGGAUGCAAAAUUAUGAAGAAGCUGCUAAUAACUACGCGAUGGCCAUUGGAAUGCUGGAGCAGUUAAUGUUGAG